AUGCGCGACUUCAUGGACUAUGUCCUUACGGCCUUCCACCAUAAGACGGGCUGGAAUGUGGACAACAGCUAUGCCUCCUUGACUACCACCGCUAACAACCUGCUCGACUUCAACGUCCCUCAUGGCCUGAGCUUGCACGUGUCUUCGCUCAGCUCGCCCAAUUUCGCGACUUCAUACACGCUCGGUAGCAAGGGAGUGGUUGAUGGCAGUCUCAGCUUCCUCUACACGAGCCUGGGGUUGAAUGUGACUAGCAGGAGCAGUCAUAUUCCUUUGGCCAACCUGGUACGAGGCUAUAGGCAUCUACAGCACCUCAGUUUGCCGAAAGGGAAGGCCUUGAAUGACGUUCAAGAUGGCGGGACCUCCAUUGCUGGAGAUGGGCGCAAGGAUACUCUACUCUAUGGCCGUCUGUACUUGCCCAGCAGCAGCCUCGAAGCACUCUACCUCCGCCGCUUGUCACCGAAUCGCCUCCUCCGUCUGAACUGCGUAUCAGAUGCCACCCUACCAAGCGGAGGCACAGUGCUAGCCUUGCUCCAGAACGACUUUGGCAAGUACACGACCGAGUACCUCUACAGCACCGACUCCUCCCUUCUAGGCUUCCGCGCGCUCUACAACUUCGGCUACGAUCCUCGCUAUCCUCUGGACCAGCAGCACGUCUCCUCGCGUCCGGCUCGUCAUCCUUGGGACCACCAGAAUGGCCGACUCAGCGCAGGCGCAGAAGCCUACUUCUCGCCCAUCAACAAGAGCGGCGGCAUCAGCACUGGCCUCCGCUUCACCACUCUUCCGAUCCAUACUGGUUUCCCGUAUACCAUGACACUCACUCUGAACCCGCUCAUGGGUAAUCUGAGCAGUAGCUACGCUGUCAAAGCCGGCCCGAACCUUUCGCUCUGCAGCCGCUUCGACUUUAACGUCUACAGCUACGAGAGCGACGUCUCUCUUGGACUCGAACUGUGGCAGCUCAGCAGGCCUCGUGUUCCGGAGGAAGUGGCAUGGGUGAAGGAUCUAAUUCGGCCUGGCUGGGAGCCCAAAGUCGCACCGGAGAAGGUCGUCCCAGAUGAAGACGUGACGGGCGUUCUGAAGGCGCGGAUGACCGACAAGGGCAAAGUGGGCGUGGUGUGGGAGUGUAGGCUCAAAGAGUUGUUGGUCACCCUUGGCGCAGGCCUGGACCUGAAGAAGAGGGACAGUGUGGUUGGGAAGUUUGGGCUGGAGGUUGCUUACUCGAGCUGA